AUGAUAACGAACCGUUCUCGAUUUGUUUCACCAAAUUAUCAACCUAAAUCUCACCAUAAAAAUCCUACAACAAAUGAAAUUGAAGAUGGUGAAGAUAAUCCAGGUUUCUUAGAGCCUAAUGAUGAUAUUACUGAAACAAAUUUGGAACAAAUCCAAAAAAUUGAAUUGGAUAUUGAUAAUUUACAUGUUGCUUUUAGUACAGCAACUUCAACAGUUGAUAUCAAUGAUCGAAAAGAGUCAUUAAUUUCCACCCAACCAUUUGCUAUCGAUGAAAUUGAACAAGCAUCUGAUGAAGAAGUAGCAGCCAAUGUUUCGAAUAUAGAUGAUCCCAAUAUGUUAGUUUUAACAUUUCGAUCAUGGUUUCUUGGCUUAUUAUUUACAUGUCUUCUUUCAUUUGUAAAUCAAUUUUUUUGGUAUCGAACAUCACCAUUAUUUGUUGGUACACUUGUUGCUCAAUUAUUAACAUAUCCAUUAGGAAAAGGAAUGGCUAAAAUGUUACCAAAACGAAAAUUUAAAAUAUUUCGAUGGAGUUUUAGUCUUAAUCCAGGACCAUUUACUAUCAAGGAACAUUGUAUCAUUACAGCUAUGGCAAAUGCUACAUGUAGUACAGCAUAUGCAAUUGAUGUUCUUACAGCUUUACGAAUAUUUUAUAAACGAACACUUCAUCCAUUAAUUGGUAUUAUUUUUGUCAUUACAUCACAAAUUCUAGGUUAUGGAAUAGCUGGCAUUAUGCGAAAAUUUCUUGUUUGGCCAUCUGCAAUGAUUUGGCCUGCUAAUCUUGUUAAUUGUGCUCUAUUUCGAACUUUACACGAAGAUAAAGAGGGUGUUGAUAUUAAUGAAGAAGGAGGAAAUACUGAAUCACGUUGGAAAAUGUCUCGUCUACGAUUCUUUUUUCUUGCAUCUUUCUGUCAAUUUUUAUGGUAUUGGUUUCCUGGUUAUAUUUUUCCUGUUCUAUCUCUCUUCUCUUGGUUAUGCAUGUUGAAACCAGAUAAUAUUCUUGUUUCACAGCUUACUGGAAUCAAUGGACUUGGCAUUGGUUCAAUUGAAUUAGAUUGGAAUGCAUGGGUUUCUUUUCUUGGUUCACCAAUAAUUGUUCCAUUCUGGGCUCAAAUUAAUAUAAUGAUUGGUUUUGUUGCAGUAGCAUGGCUUCUAGCACCUGCUACAUACUAUACGAAUCUGUGGGGUUCAAAAGCAAUGCCAAUUACUAGUAAUCGAGUUUUUACUUCAGAUGGUUAUUUUUACAAUGUGUCUGCAGUACUUGAUUCACGACUUCGUCUCAAUGAAACUGCUUAUAAAAAUUAUGGUGAACUUCGAAUGCCAGCUGUUUUUGCUAUUUCAUAUGCUAUAUCAUUUGCUGCAAUUGCAGCAGUUAUCGUACAUACUAUACUAUAUCACGGUAAAACAAUUAUAAAACAAUUUCGGUCAUCUUUAAAAGAUAAUACUAAUGAUAUUCAUGCUAAAAUGAUGUCUCGCUAUCCAGAAGCACCAGAAUGGUGGUAUACAUUAUUAUUUGGGAUUGCAUUUCUUCUUGCUAUUAUUGUUUGUCACGUUGGUCAGUUGAUGCCUUGGUAUUAUCUUUUUCUUGCAGUUGCACUUGCAUGUACUUUUGUUCUACCAACUGGUAUUGUUCAGGCUGUUACAAAUCAAUCGAUUGGAAUUAAUGUUAUUACUGAAUUUGUUGCUGGUAUUGCUAUCCCAGGAGAUCCAUUAGCUAAUGUUACAUUCAAAACAUAUGGAUACAUAACACAAUAUCAAGCAUUAUUACUGAUUUCUGAUUUAAAAUUAGGUCAUUAUAUGAAAAUUCCACCACGUGCAAUGUUUGCUACUCAAUUAAUAGGUACAAUGAUAGCAGGAAUUGUAAAUUAUACGACAGCGAUGUAUUUAAUGAAUAAUAUUCCAAAUAUUUGUACAACAAAAAAUACUAAAUGGACAUGUCCAAAUGCUAAUAUAUUCUUUAGUGCAUCUAUUAUUUGGGGAGCUAUCGGACCAGUGAAAAUGUUUGGUAAAGGAUCUAUGUAUUCAACACUUCUUUAUGGUUUCAUUAUUGGUGCACUGCUUCCUCUACCAUUUUGGUUUCUUAUGAAAAAAUAUCCUAAUGCUAAAUGGCUUAAAUAUAUUCAUUUUCCAAUUAUGUUAUCCGCGACAGGAAUGAUGCCACCUGCACCACCUGGUAAUUAUCCAUCAUGGCUUUUAGUUGGUUUUUUAUUUAAUUUUGUAUUACUACGAUAUGCACGAUCAUGGUGGAAACGUUAUGCAUAUGUUUUUUCGGCAGCAAUGGAUUGUGGUGUAGCGUUUUGUGUCCUACUUAUAUUUUUCUUCUUGCAAAAUAAUAGAAUAGAAUUUCCAUUAUGGUGGGGAAGUGGUGGUGUAACAGGAGAUGGUUGUCCGCUAUCACAUGCUAAUUAUUCCGGAAUCAUUCCAAGCGAUCGUCCGGUGUCUUUCGGCUGA